CUCUCCUGUCUCUUUAAAAGCAACUUUGCUCCACAGAGAGGGUCGGCCGUGGUGCUGCAUGGUCCGUGGCCCCCCUUGUACCCUCUGAGCCCAUGGGCAGGAAGCCAGGCACGGGGGACUCCCCCAGGGUGCACUGUCACUUGGGCCAGGGCUGGGGAGAACCCUGCACCCUUGGAGGAGCAAUGGCCCCUCAACCAGCCGCCUACGCUGGGCUCAGAGUGGGGCUGGGUCCUGGGCUCUGUCUGGAGCCCUGACUCCCGGCCAUCCCCACUCUGCCUGUGUGCGGGGCCCUGCUCCCCUUGCACCAGCCUGAGCUUUGGGAGCGGCAGGAAGAGGAGGGGACCAGGCAUCGCUUUCACUUUCCGCUACUCAAGAGCUCCUGUGAGCGGUGCCUCGGCCUGGGAGGAUGGCUGAUCGGAAGUUAAGUGACGUGCGGAUCAGGUUUGUGGAGAGCGUGAACAAGGCCGUGAUCAGCACCCUCCUGGACGACCUGCUGGAGAGACGGGUGCUGAACGAGGAGGAAGUGGAGGAGGUGAAGGAGAGCUGCAGUAAGAAGAGUGACCAAGCCAGGUGUCUGAUUGAUGGGGUGAGGAAAAAGGGUGCCAAAGCCAGCGAAAUAUUCAUCGAGCGCCUCUGUGUCAGAGAUGUCCACCUGGCCACAGAGCUGGGGCUCAGCGCCCCCUCAGGGUCUGCUGCAGAAACCCAGCAAGUGCCAUCUCAGGAGUGGAUCCAGCCCUGCCCCCGGGAAUUCGUCCAGCGGAUCCAGAAGGAGGAAGCAAAGGAGAUCUAUUCCAUCCGGGACAAGGCGACGCGAACCCGCCUGGCCCUCAUCAUCUGUAAUGUUGAGUUUGAGCGUCUCCGCAGGAGGGAUGGGGCUGAUGUGGAUGUGAAAGGGAUGAAGAAGCUUCUAGAAGGGCUGGGAUACAAAGUGGAAACCUACUGCAACUUAAACGCCCAGGCCAUGGCAGAGACCCUGAAGCAGUUUGCCGCUCGGAACGAGCACCAGACCUCGGAUAGCACCUUCCUCGUGCUCAUGUCUCAUGGCGUCAGGGAUGGCCUGUGCGGGACAAACUGCCAAGACGAGUCCACAGACAUCCUUUCUACUGACACCAUCUACAGCACCUUCAACAACCAGAACUGCCAGGCACUGCUGGGAAAACCCAAAGUGAUCAUCAUUCAGGCCUGCCGUGGGGAGAACCGCGGACAGGUGUGGGUGAGUGACUCUGCAGAGCUCCCUGGAGACGGCUCCAGCCUCGCUCGGCUGCCCCCUGAAGGAUUAGAAGAUGAUGCAAGUUUCCGAAUCCACGUGGAGAGCGAUUUCAUCUGUUUGCAUUCUACAACACCAAACACUUCGUCCUGGAGAUCUCCAGAAACUGGCUCCAUCUUCAUCACCCGUCUGAUAGAGCAGUUCCGAACCAAUGCCUGCCGCUUGCCCUUGGAGGAGAUCUUCCGACAGGUCCAGCUCUCCUUUCAAGAUUUUCCUCUUCAGAUGCCCACCAAGGAAAGAACGACCAUGAUAAAAAAGUUCUACCUGUUCCCAGGUCAUUAGAACCAGCCCACAAUAAGACAGAGCAUGUCCCACGGGGGUCCUGCCGCAGUCAGCAUCAGCACCUUCCUGAAGGACAGCGUCUGCACAUUCAACAUUGGCACAAUGCUCAAGGUCUCUCCUCCUGUUGCCUGCACACGCUCCACCCGUAGCUUUCCUCUGAACUGCCAGAAGUGCCUUCAACUUCUCACCAGCCCCUUCCCCUGUGGAAGUGCCUGCACUUUGUGACAGGACAAUGGUAGCAUCAGCCUGAUGGUCCUGCUGCCACAUCUCUAUAAAAUGGGUCUUCCUAGCGGGGGACAGCAGAACCCCCCAGCUAUCUAGCUCCAACAGCACUGACAUCCCAGAGGACCCUGUCCCUGAGAUCCAGUUCAGUUCACACUCUGAUCAUUCCCUCCGGUAGCCAGACUUUGAGUCCACAGGACAGUCAGACAAGUGAGUCUCAGCCACAUCCUUCUUGGGAAAUAGCUGGCGUCUCCUAUUAGGGAUAUCAACAGCAGGGGCGUCUUCACUGUAGUUAGCCCAGGCUCCUGUCCCCUCCCCUCCGCAUACAAAACCCUCUCAUCUGGGCUUUCCACCUGGGCUGGCUGCCCCAGCUGAGGGCGGGUUCAAGCGUGGUGCCUCUUUCACUGGGGCUGGGAGCCUGCCCACUUUGCCACGAGGAUGCAGCUAAAUCACUCGAGUGCUGACUGUGCACCUCUGCCUUCCCACAGUCCCUCCCAGGUGCCCAGGCGUGUCCCACAAACAUGCUGAGAAAGAGUCAUGCAGCAUCUCACCUUACAGCAGCACAAAGAACCAUGGGCUUUGCCCCAAACGCGCUAGCAACUUGAAGGGGAGUGCAGCACCAGUGCGGACGCAGUAACUCAGCCAGGGCUUUGCAACGUGGCUGCUCACGGCCAGGUUAGACUAACCCAGUGCUCUCACCUGGGUGCUGAUCACCCAGGCUAACUCUGGGAAAGCUCAUCUGCCAAACUCUGAGGGGAACAUGGAGUGUGGCACUGUGGCAGCAGCCGCCUCCUCCUGCUAUCAGCGAUUCAGACCCCCUGGAAUGGAAGGAGGCCGGGGUUAACUGAGCUCACUCCAAGUCAUCCCCACUAGAUGGCAGCCAGGCUGAGCCUUGAAUAGCUGCGUGGGGAUUUCCCAACCUCACUGAGCCAUUCGCUACCUUGUUCUCGGUCUCCAUAAUUACAGGGCCACAUUCUGCCUGGUGUCAGCUCCAGACUCCGAGUGCUGAGGCUGCAAGUGGCCCAUGAAAUUUGGGUCAAUGCUUAACCCACAUUUCUCUAUUAAAACCUAAGCCCGUUACUUCUGUCCUUGGCCCCAGUGCUGAGAGCUGAUCCUUUUCCCCUCUAGAGCAGCCCUGUCCAUCCUUAGUGAUGAGCGAGAGACACCCGUCUACACCGCUGCAAGGCAAGACCAUCAGGAAGGGAGCAGGGUUCUUUGGCAUGAUCCAUGGGGGAUGGAACUAGGAGUAAUGGGGUGAAGUGAUGAAAGCAGAAUUUCACUUUGUUGCUUUCAAGGCUACUCCUAUGGCUGGGGCAAGGGAGUAAGUGACUCCUGGGACCAGAGGUGUCCUUGCCCCUCUCUGCGGUUGUGCUGAUUUCUGGGCACACUCGCUCUGGUUUCCCUGUCUCAUUGCCUGUGGUUACUUUUAUAGCUGGUUCACCAUGUUCUUGAAAAGUGAUGAGUGUAGGCAGGGCCGGCUCUACUGUUUUUGCCAUCCCAAGCAGCGCGCCGAAUUGCCACCAUGGAUGGCAGGGGCAGUCUGUGUGCUGUUAGGGCGGCACGUGCGUUUCCGCGGCGGCAAUUCAGCGGCAGCUUCUGUCUUCAACCGGAAGACGGAAGCUUUGCUGCUGUGGAAAGCUGAACAUAGAAGCUGCCGCUGCUGUGGCAGAAAUGCGUGUGCCGCCCUAAGGGCACAUGGACUGCCCCUGCUGUCCGCAGCGGCAAUUUGGCAUGCUCCUUGGCGGCAAAAAUACACGGAUUGCCGCCCCUUGCAGAUUGGUGCCCCAAGCACCUGCUUGGAAUGUUGGUGCCUGGAGCCGGCCCUGAGUGUAGGGACGGGAAUGGCAGUUUGGGGGGUUUUAGAAACAUCAGAACCCAUCUUAGGGCCAGUAUAAAAAAUACUUUUCUGUGCUUGUGAGCACCUCUUUGUGCCCUCAUUUCCAGAGAUGCCGAGAACCAGCAGUUCCCGUUAGCUCCUGCUCAAUUUCAUACAUUCCAAGGAAAAAAGGGACCAUUUGUGACCUUCUAGUGUGACCUCCUGUAGAGCACAGGCCAGAGACCUGCCUGAACAUAAUUCCUAGAGCAGAGCUUUGAGAAAAGCAUCCCUUCUUGGCUGAAAAAUUGCCAGUGAUGAACAAUCCACCAGGACUCUUGGUAAAUUGUUCCAAGUCCAGUUGUGGGUGCUCAGCCCUCCUAGAAAUCAAGCCCCGGUACCUCCCAGACUGCUCUGAUUGCAUUCCCAAAGCAGAGCUAGGAGAACCUGGGGCUCCAUGCGGAGUAUUUCUCCCAGAAACGCCAGCCCCUCAGGGACCAUGAAUUGAUGCAAGAACAUCAGCCUCUGCAAUGCAGGCUCCAUCACAGCCCCCACUUGGUGCUAUGGCAUUAGAAGCAGCGAAAUUCCCAGCUGUCUGAACCCACUUCUGCCGCAACACUUAAAGUGUCAUCACCAUCCCUCUUUCCUGCCAUCAAGGGGCUGCAAGGAACACUCCAUCUUUACUAAUCAAACUCAACUCAGUGCCUGCUAAGCCAGCAUCUACAGUGUAGGAGUAAGGUAGCAGAAAAAAAAGGGAAGAGAUGGGGAAGGGAGCAACUGUGUCUGAACCUGAGGACCGAGGUAUAAUAGUGUCUGCAGGUGUCUUGCCCACAGAAUUCCUUUGUACAUUGAAAAUGGGCCUUUCACAACGUUCUGCCAAAGGGCCUAACAUUCAUGCACUGGCUUUGCCUUUGCUAGCAGAAGGGGAAGUACCUUUUACUCCUUAUGCUUUGUGUCUGCAUCCUCUGACCCUCCCUUCAGAUGCUGUUAGUCUCGCGAUCACUGGGCUGUUUCUCAAACCCCCAACCCUAGGGUCAGGUGAUUAUGUGAGGCUCUCAGGCUCCAUUUGAAAACAAGAUGGAAGUUUCUAGCUCUCCUGGGUGCAGAAGAAAUCUCGGUGUGACCCUCCCAAAAGCUCAAACCCCAGGAGACCAGUGAACAGAACCCUAGUGUAUUGCAGCCAGUCUCAGGAAUUUGGCGUGCCUGACGCAGGACUUUUGAAUGCUUGGCACUGGACAAUACUAGGAAUGAUUCCAGCAAACCUCUCCACCUUUGUCUGCACCAAUUACUGUAUUUCAGUGGGUCAGGCUCAUUCUGUGGAAAGGAACAAUUCCAGUUUCAUGAUGACCCAUGGGCUAAGUUUAGGAUUCCAUACUGCUUGAUCCACAGCACAAUCAAUCCCACUUAUUAAUAAGGGUUGAUUCAGAACCCUGUCAAUUCAGCAACACUCACUAGGAAACAGGCUUACUCUCAGGACCACCAUUAUCUUUAACCUUUCUCCGCUCCACAUUUCCUUCCCUGGAGCAACUCCUGCUUCCCCUACCCCCUCGAACAAUCCCAGCUUCUGGAAGUUGUUGGUUUAAGGAUAGCCAGUACAUGAUGUUGCGUCCCUGAUCAUCUUGGUUAAUAGCCAUUGAUCGUUCAUCCUCUAGGAACUUACCUAAUUAUUUUUUGAAUCCAGAGAUGCUUUUGGUCUUCACAACAUCCGAAGGGAAAGGGUUCCACAGGUUGA